AUUCAACAUGGAAUAUAAAAGCACCCAGAUCCCUCUGUAGUGUAGCUAGCAUUUCAAAUCAAUUCUCACUUCCGUCUAGACCUCUCUUUUCCCCUUACCACAUAAUUGCACAGAAACCAUGUAUCUCCGCGCAAUCCACGCAGAAACAUCGAUCAAAGCUCUCUUUGAGCUGAUCCAAAAGAACCCUCUUGGUGUACUCACCACUGCCAUUCCGUCCACCACACAACACUUUUUACAGUCUAGCCAUAUCCCAUGGGUACUGGACAUUAUUUCAGAUGAUCCCGAUGCGCCAGUGAAAGGCCGACUGCGCGGUCAUAUGGCCCGCCAAAACCCCCACAGCAAGACUUUCAUCGAAGCUCUGAACGACGCGGGCUUACCCUCCGCUUCGCCGUUACAGCAAGAAGUUCAAGUUCUCUUCACGGCCAAUCCGCACCACUAUGUGACCCCCAAAUUCUACACCGAGACUAAGCCUGCCACGGCAAAGGUGGUCCCCACCUGGAACUACGCCGCUGUCCAGGUUUAUGGCCAGGCCAAGAUCUACCACGACAGUUCUGCUCCUGAGACCUCCGAAUAUCUCCAGAAGCAGAUUCAAGAUCUCUCCGAGCUUUGCGAAACAUCCGUCAUGGGCUACACUGGAGAGGGAGGCCGACCGGAUUCUUGGAAGGUGGCUGAGGCCCCUGAGCGAUAUAUUGACAUCAUGAAAAAGAAUAUCAUUGGUAUUGAGAUCACCAUUGAGGAUAUUGGUGGUAAAUUCAAGAUGAGCCAGGAAUCGACCAAGGGAGACCGGGAGGGUGUGAUUCAGGGAUUUGAGAACCUUGGAACAGAGCUUGGUCGGGACGUGGCGGCACUAGUUCGCGAGAGGGGGGAGAUGAAGGAUGCAGCCAAGAAAUAAACCCCUAUCAUGUUGUUUAGAGAACUAGAACAAUACCCUUAGAAUAGUUGUUAUGAAGAGCACGUUUCAGUGAUACUGGUACUUCAAUGAAAGGAGUGGUCGAUAGACCCCGAUGUGAGAUAAAUUGAAGCUUAUCAAAAGCGAUAUGGUAGGUGUGACAUUGCAUUUGGCUGUCAUGUCAUGCUCAAACAAAAGC